AUGGCCCAAGAACGUAUUCCUAAUACUACUAGCAGUGGUAGCGGCACUAAUAAUUCGAGUAAUAAUUGUUAUGCUUUCGUGACUGUCGAUCCUUCGAUAGAUGGUACUACAAAUAAUUAUCGUGGCAGUGCUACCGCUGCUGUCUCUAAUUUACCAAGACAGCAACAACCUUUUAAUCAUUCUGUUGCUCCUGAUAUUUAUCAUCAUCAACAGCAACAGCAACAAAAUAUAAACCCUCAUCAUUACCACCAGCAACCAUCUCAAUUAAAUCAAUAUAACAAUCAAUUACCUCAAUAUCAUUCACAGCCGCCAACUCGUGCUCCUACUCCAAAUCAAUCAUAUCAUCAUCAUGAAUACGAAGGAAAUCCACACGAUCAUUUUAGAUACCCUGCAUCUGUUCCUGUUGUACCUAAUCGUACCAUGGCUGCAUCGACUACUGCUACAAAUCCUGCUAUACCCCCGAAUCGUCAAAAUUACCCCACUGCAGCUGCUGCGCCUUAUGAUCACCCUCAACCAUAUCAUCCUAAUUCUCAUCGCAAUCAUAAUGAUGUUAUCGUUGAUAAUAGAAAUAUCGGUCAAACCACUCCAACUUAUUUAGCACCUCCAACGGCCCAUCACACUCAUCAUCAACAACAAAUUGUUUAUCCUGCCACUAAUCAAGUUACUCUUCACCAUUCUGAAAAUAAUUCGAAUGUUUCAACUAGAUCUCCUUCACCGGUCCCUCCUCCAUCACAUUCAAUUAAUUAUCAAAAUUCUAACAUUAAAGCUAACAAUACGAUCACGAAUGCAAAUACAAAUAAUGAUAAUGCUAAUUCUACAACUGCUACAAUGAGUUCAAAUCAUAACAAACCUAAAAAACGUCAAUCGAGCCGUUCACCACCACCGGUUAUAAAAAAUCCAAUAAAAAAAUCUAAAAAAAAUCGUGACAACGAUAACAUCAAAAUCGAAGUUGAACCAAACAAUAAUAACAAUAUUAAAUUGGAGGUCGAUGUUAAAAUGGAAGAGGAUGUAAUUAAUAAUAAUGGAAGAACCAUGGUUGAUUCGUCGUCUAUCUCCGAAUCUACAUUUAAUGAUAUCAUAGUUGAUAGUAAAGAAAUAGUUACAAACAGUGACAAUGCUACCAAUACAAACUCCCUAUUGAAUUCAAACGAAAUUACUGAAAAAGAACAAGAAGCAAUAUUCAUUCUAAAUUCUUUCAGAAAUAAUAAUAAUAAUGACAAUCUAAAUAAUUACGUUGCAACAAUUGAUAAUAAUGAUCACCAGUAUCAUCAUAAUGUUCAUCAUAAACAAUAUCCUGACCAACAAAUAACGGAGGGAAAAGCAGAUAUGAUUGAACAACUGAUCUCUAAUAGAGUAAGAAAAUUGUCAAUUCAAGAAUAUGACGAGGACGAUGAUAAAAAAGAUAGUAGUACCAGCAAUGUCGAUAAUAAAAAAUUGUCAAGUAUAAAAGUUGAAGGUAAACAAAAAGACAAGGUCAAAGAAACUACUGCUACUAAAAAAAGAGAUAAGAAAGACAAUAGUAAAUCAUCGUUUUCACCUACAGAACCUUCGCCUACAAAAUCUUCACCCUUGAAAUCAUCAUCUGAAAAGAAAAAUGGUAAGACCACCACCAUCACUUCUGCAAAAGUCAACAAUAAUAAAAUAACAAAUAUCAUUAAUGGCAAUAAAAAUAAAGCCGCUAAUACUCCUGAUUCAGAUACUGAUCUUGCAAUGGAUGACGAGUCUGAAGAAGAGGAAAUAGAACAAUUAUUAGUAGUAGAUAAAAAAAUGAAACAAUCGCAACAAUCACGCAAUAAUAAACAACCUUUACAUGUUAUCAGGAAUCUAGCCACUGGUGAAAGUGCGAUUUCUACAACUUAUAAUGCCAACAACAGCAAUAAUAACAACGGAUUAUCAAAACUUAGAACAACUUCGACUAUUAGUAAUAAUAGCAAAGACGACGACAAUUUUUUAAUAAAAUCAGAAGAGAGUCCUUCAUCACUAACAAAUAACAAUAACGGUUGUGUUGCCACAUCUUCAAGAAAAUCUUCGUCGUCUAGUAGUCGUAAAGGAUCUACUUCGUCUACUGAAAGUAACAAGGAUACAGCAUCAUCAACAACAACGAUUGCUUCCAUAACUAAUACCGUAUCAUCCGCAUUAUCUUCUGGUAAUAGAAAUACGUCUAUAUCAUCUUUGUCAUCGACGGUGACAACGAACGGAAGGGCAAGACCAUCUCCUACAAGAAGAAAAUCCACAAUACGGGAGAACGAUGAACGGUUAGAAUUGGCUGCGAUAGAAUGGGAGAAAAAUAUAGAGAUUCCACAUCACAUCUGGGAAGAAACAUUGAGAAUUUUUGAAAUUGUCAAACACUCGAAAGAAAUGAAAAAUCGUCAACCACACCGUAAACGAAAUCAUAUUCUAGCCUCAAUUUUGUUCAUUCUAUGCCGUAGAAAUGGUUUACCUCGUACGUUCGUGGAAAUCUGUCAAGCGGCAUCUAUACGCAAACAAGAGAUUGGCACAUAUUAUCGUCUGAUGCAAAAGGUUUUUGAAAGUAAUGGUUUAGGUGGUGGAAACCAUGGUGUUCCUAGAACUGUUGAUUCAUCUGAAUAUCUUAAACGGUGGUGUCAAAAUUUGAAAUUGCCCGAUCACAUUCUUAAUGCAGCAAUUCAUGUAUACCGUCAAGCGAGUGAAUUAAAUAUUACAACUGGCAAGUGCCCUGUCUCUGUUGGUGCAGCAUCCAUAUGGCUUUCAAUAAGUUCGUGGAAUGAAUCUAGAACAAUAUGGAAUGCAACUGACGAUCAAGAAGUUAUCAAGUGUGAACACAAAGACGUGGCAUCAGCAGCCGGUGUCGUGAAUGCAACACUGGUGGGAUGUUUCAAAAACUUGUCGAAAUUCAAAGAACAAUUGUUACCUUCCGGGUUUAUUGAAGAAGCUAAAAAGAGAUCGCCAUUCCCAAACAGGAUGUCUGUAUGGUUACCACCUAAUAAUAAUCCUAAUAAAAACCAUGCUGUCAUAAAUAAUAACGGUUCCAAUAGCUCUGCUGAUGGCGGUAUUAAUAACGGUAACGCUAAUGGUGCCAAUAAUUAUAAUGUAAAUAAUAACAACACAGUAGUCACUUACACGACAUCACCGACAAGGAUUCAUAACAAUGAUGAUGACUUGCCUAUGAACGUCGUCGAAUCACAAGACGAUGAACUUGAGGAUGGUGAAUUGAGGGAAUCCGAGGCAGCAAAUUUAAAGUUUCAAUCUGAAGUUAAUGAUUUAAAUGAAUAUGACGGUUAUGAUGAUGAUUUUGAAAAUAAUUCAAAAUCUAAUAAAAAAAGAAAGGUUAAGUCAUGCCAGUAG